GCUCCCGCGCCAGGGGAUACAAAUUCUGACGGGGAGAACUACUUUGGCACGACACCUGUCAGUCUGACUGCAGGCAGCAAACGGCCGGCUGGCAUCAUGGACACUCUGCACCAGCUGUUUGAGGAGAAGAUUCGACCCUGUAUUGACCUGGUCGACUCGCUGCGCUCUCUGGGAGUAGAGAGGGACUUGGCGCUGCCUGCUAUCGCCGUGAUCGGAGACCAAAGCUCGGGGAAGAGCUCCGUGCUGGAGGCACUGUCAGGGGUGGCACUGCCCAGAGGCAAAGGCAUUGUCACAAGAUGUCCUCUCAAAUUAAAAAUGAAGAAAAAGAAGGAUGGGGAGAAAUGGCACGGAAAAAUAAGAUACAAGGAUUAUGAGGAAGAGUUGGUAGAUCCUGUAGAUGUGGAGGAUAAGAUUCUACAUGCACAGGAUGAAAUGGCUGGGGUCGGACAGGGGAUCAGCGAUGACCUCAUCAGUCUGGAGAUCGCUUCUCCUGAUGUUCCUGAUUUGACGCUCAUUGAUCUGCCUGGCAUCGCAAGAGUGGCCUUAAAGGGACAGCCAGAGAACAUUGGAGAUCAGAUAAAGAGAAUGAUCCAGAAGUUCAUCACCAAGCAAGAAACCAUCAGCUUGGUGGUUGUUCCAGCCAAUGUGGACAUAGCAACCACUGAAGCUUUGAAGAUGCCCCAGGAAUUGGAUCCUGAUGGAGAAAGGACUCUGGGUAUUUUGACCAAACCUGAUCUCGUUGACAAAGGCACAGAAGAGAAUGUGGUUCAAAUAGUCCAGAAUGAUGUCAUCCCUUUGAAAAAGGGCUACAUGAUUGUAAGAUGCAGAGGUCAGCAGGAGAUCAGUGGUAACGUGUCACUUAUUGAAGCAAUCAAACGAGAGGAAGCAUUCUUCAAGGACCAUGUGUAUUUCCGCACUCUCUACGAAGACGGCCACACCACUGUUCCAAAACUAGCUGAGAAACUCACUCUUGAGCUGGUGCAACACACUGAGAAAUCUCUGCCUCGGCUGUGGGAGCAGAUUGAGAAGAAAUUAGAGUCUCAUGCAGAGUUGAACAGAUACGGCACCGGAGCCCCGUGUGAGGCAGCAGAGAGAAGGGUCUACCUCAUUGAUAAAGUAACAGAAUUUACACACAGCGCUGUCAGCCUCGCCACAGGAGAAGAACUAAAAUAUGAAAAUGGGUCCAAUAUCUUCUCGGACCUCAGAAGCCAGUUUUGUGAAUGGAAUAGUACCAUCACAAAUAGUGAUAUCUACUUCAGCUGGAAUGUGAGCAACAGGUGACAAGAGUACGAACAAAAGUACCGUGGACGGGAGCUGCCAGGGUUCAUCAACUACAAGAGCUUUGAGGAGUUGAUCAGACAGCAGAUCAGAUAUCUGGAAGAGCCUGCUGUCAGGAAGCUCAAAGAUGUGUCAGAUGACGUGAAGAUAGCAUUCUGUCAGCUGGCAGAGAACAGCUUUAUUGGAUUUCCUAACCUCAUCAAAACAGCUAAGACAAAGAUUGAAACCAUCAGAAAAGAGAAGGAGAUCACAGCAGAAUCCAUGUUGAGGACUCAGUUCAAGAUGGAGUUGAUCAUUUACACUCAGGACAACAGAUACAGUGGGCAGUUAUUGAAGCGGAAGAGGGAAGAUGAGGAGACUGCAAGCAAGAAUAGACAACUUGGAUAUGUUAACAGUUCUCAACAAAGCACUCUGAGCUGUACUGACAGCAGAGCCACCCUGAAAGAGAUGAUGAAACACCUUAAGUCCUAUUACCAAAUUGCUGGCGAACGUCUUGCUGACCAGAUCCCCAUGAUUAUUCGCUACCACAUGCUGCAGGAGUCUGCACUCCAGUUGCAGAAGGAGAUGCUGCCCAUUCUUCAGGACAAAGAGCUACUUGAAUUCCUGCUUCAAGAAGAUUCUUCAUAAAAAAACAAGCGAAUCAGGCUUCAAAAAUGCAUCACCCGCCUGAACAAGGCGCGUGGUUUGUUGGCUGCUUUUUUUAGUGCAAAUGUCUUUCCGUUGAGUUGCACUGACCAGGUGACAAAUGUAUGGGGCCACACCAAAGCUUAAUCGGAAGUGAUUUGCUUAAUUCAGUCAUGGAGUACAC